UCUACAUUUUUUUUUUCGUCGCGAAUUCGAUAUAUUUCGAAAUAAUAUCAAAAUUAAACUGGACUUUUUGUAAAAAAAAAAACAUUGAACAGUUCCUUAAAAUAGAAUAGUUAAAGUGCGGGUUUGCGUCGACACCAAAUCAAUAACGCUUCUCCAUUUUCCUUUCUUAUGUGUAUUUUUUUCGUUCGUUCGUUCGUUCUAUUUUGGGAUGGCAUCGCGCAUUGGUGUGAAUUUGUAAAGAACUCAACGAUGAUUUUUUCUUUGUUGUGUUUGGCGAAUUGAAUUCACCUUCGAAUAAAUAAAUCAUUUGGCUGUCGCGUUCAUUUUAACCUAUUUUAUCGGUUUUGGCUACAAAGUGGGCUAAAAAGAACAGUUAGUUGAGUGUGAUGCCUUAUUUAUCAAAACAAGAGAGACGCUGGCAGCACAUUAGUAUCGAUUCAGUCGGUUUGAUUUCAUCACACAUUGCUCCAACCAAAUGCGUUAAGUGUGCGUGUAUUCCAAAUUAUAUGUGCUGUAGCGUUGUAUUGCCUCCAAUUUUAACUCAAUAAGAAAACACAUUUGUUUAUGGUUGCAUUCGAUAUAUCAACACAAAUGUGUAAAUAAAUAUAUUUCGGCCAUCAUCAGGAACUAUAAAACAAACAAAACAACAAUUUUUCCUCAAAAAUAGUAUUAUAAAAAUAGUUAAAAAAGACAAAUGACACAAACCAUAGUUCUUUUUCUUCAAAUGUGUGACUAGUACCGAGAAACAAAAUUAAAUGUCAAAGAGAGAAAAAAAAAUCCACUGAACUACAAAUUACAUCAAAUUGAACAAAAAACAAAGACAUCUAACCAUUCUUAUUUGCCAACAUAAUAAGAUUGUAAUAUGCAACCACUUCGUUACACAGUAAUCAUAUUUAGGCAGAGUAUUUCGUUUAGGCAGAAAUUAAAUUUUGAAUGGAUUGGUUGCAGUGUGUUGAUCCCGUUUUGCUCAAGACUGCUGCAUUGUCUGGAUCAAUGACUGUGCAUGCAUCUACACAAACAUCCAUCACCUUAGGAAAUAAGCUUCGGAGCAAACGUUCACAGGGAGAAGUGUCUGAGUCAGAUGAAAAUAUUUGCCAACGAUUUAGUUGUCCUUUAGAAAACAAUACAUUUUUCAGCCCAAUUGAUACAACUACAUUAAGCGAUAAUUAUCCACCGACAACUAGUUGUACAUUAUUAUUAACAGCCGAUCCUGGCUACAUAGUAAAGCUUGAGUUUCGAAAUAGAUUCAACAUUGAACCGUCACCAGCAUGCGAAUAUGAUUAUUUAGAGAUACGGGACGGCAAGUAUGGAUUCUCAACACUUAAAGGAAGAUACUGUGGUACUAAGUUUCCAGAUGAAAUAAUCUCAAGUGAUAGAUAUUUGUGGUUGCGUUUCCAUUCGGACGAUAAUAUUGGGUAUGAAGGUUUCGAAGCCGUAUAUGAAUUUAUACCACGUUUAAAGAAAAUGGAUGCAAUUGAAGAGUGUUCAAUCGUGACAAAUGAUGAAAAUUCAGGACAAAUAUCAAUAGAGGACAUAUCCGAAACAAUUCUUGGCCAGGUCACUGAGAUAAUUCCACUAGAUUGUCUAUGGACGAUUAGAGUGAAAGAAGAUUGGCAGAUCAUGCUUUCGGUGGAUAAGUUCGAUUUAGAGAAAAAAAACGAUUGCAAAAAUAAUUUUCUUGAUAUUAUCGGAAAUAAUACAAAUGUAUCGGAGCCGACAAAACAUUUUUGUGGGGUUGUGGCCGAACCGCACGAAUCCAAGUCGAAUACUUUGUACGUACGAUUUUUUGCAACUAAACAGGGACUCAAGUCUAAAUUUUCGCUUUCCUACACUGCAUUCACAAAAAAGAAGGCAGUCGAUGGAAAAAAUUCAACACCAACGUGUGGUGAAAACGAAUUUGAUUGUGAUGAUGAAACAUGCAUCGAUAUGUCCCUCUAUUGCAACGAGCAUCCUAACUGUAAAUUUCGAAAGGAUGAAGGAUCGGAUUGCCCGUACCAUAUAAAGGAAGAUGAUGAGAAGAAAGAUUUGUGGCUAAUAAUAGCAGUAUUUAGUGCACUACUUGGUGCCAUGACAUCGGUAUUUUUGUUUAAUUGCAUCCGAACACUAAUUCGAGAUCAGAAAAUUAUAAGAGAAACCAUUCGACAAUCAAAAGAGAGUAAGCUGGAUGAAGCAGGUCGCAUGUCCAUAAAACGGUCUCUAGAGAAUGUAAACCGAAUAAUUCCUGGGAUACGUGCAAGAGAUGGAGACGAAGGUUUUGGAUUCAAACUCAUAAUUCAACAAUGA